AUGAGUUCACUUGAACACACACACACCAACCCACGCCGCAUACACGCCCAGGCCAUCAAAACAGCCACCACAGACCGUUCUCUCCUCAACACCCUCAUCACCCUCUACUCCAAAUCAAACCUCCUCUCCGACGCCCUCAAUCUCUUCCGCACAAUCCCAUCUCCCAAUGUUGUCUCAUGGACUGCCCUCAUCUCCGCAUACUCCAACUCCCUACUCUCUCUCCACCAUUUUGUUUCUAUGCUCCGCCACCCAACUCUUCCCAACCAACGUACCUUAGCUUCCCUCCUCAAGACUUGCGCUUCUUUACCCUCUCUCUGCUUUGGCCUCCAACUCCAUUCUUUGUCAAUCAAGCUUUCUCUAUCAGCUCAACCCUUUACUGCCUCAGCUCUAGUGAGUUUCUAUUGUAAAACUCAUUUUCCAUAUGAAGGAUGUAAAGUGCUUGAUGAAAUGUCUGAAAGAGAUGAGGUUUGUUAUUCGACGGUAAUUGGAGGUCUAGCUCAAAAUGCGAAACCCAUUGAGGCGUUGGAGUAUUUUGCGAAUAUGAGGAGGUUUGAUCUGAUGUCGAAUAUGUAUAGUGUGUCCGGCGCGUUUAGUGCAGUGUCGGAGCUUGCGGCUUUGGAACAAUGUAGGAUAAUUCAUGGGCAUGCGGUGGUUGUAGGGUUGGAUUUGAAUGUGAUUGUGGGGAGUGCGUUGAUUGAUGGGUAUGGCAAGUGUGGGCUUGUGGUGGAGGCUAGAAGGGUGUUUGAUGAAUUAAAGCCUUGGUUGAAUUUAAUUGGGUGGAAUUCAAUGAUGGCAGCGUACGCACAACAAGGAGAUAAGGGUGCAGUUAUAGAGCUUUUUGGAUUGAUGGAGGGUGGAGGGCUUGUACCAGAUGCAUAUAGCUUUUUAGCUGUUUUGACUGUGUUUUACAAUGCAGGUUUGGCUGAGGAGGUUGAGAGGUGGCUGACAAGCAUGAAAGUGGAUUAUGGGUUGGAGCCAUGGAUUGAACAUUAUACUUGUUUGGUUGGUGCAUUGGGAAGAGUUGGGAGGUUGGUGGAUGCAGAGAAGAUUGCUUUGGCAAUGCCUUUUGAGCCUGAUGCAGCAGUGUGGCGGGUGUUGUUGUCAACUUGUGCAUACCAUGGUGAGGCAGAUAUGGCCUGGAAGAUGAGUAAGAGAUUGUUGGAACUUGACCAAAAUGAUGACUCAGCUUAUGUGAUUGUUGCGAAUGUGUUUGCGGCUGUGGGUAGGAUGGAUGAGGUCAAGGAAGUGAGGAAGUUGAUGAAAGACAGGAGGGUGAGGAAGGAAGGUGGGCGUAGUUGGAUUGAAGUGCAUGGACAGGUCCACAUCUUUUUGGCAGGUGAUCAGACUCAUGGCAGGACGGAUGAAAUUUAUACCAAGUUAGCUGAGUUAAUGGAGGAGAUUGAGAAACUAGGGUAUGUGCCAGUUUGGGAUGAGAUUUUGCAUGAGGUGAAGGAACGCGAGAAGAGGGAAGCACUUUGGUAUCACAGCGAGAAGUUGGCACUAGCAUAUGGGGUGUUGAGCGGGGCAGCACCGCCAGGGAAGGCUUUGAGGAUAGUGAAGAAUUUGAGGAUUUGUAGGGACUGUCACGAGGCUUUCAAGUAUUUUAGCAGGGUGGUGGAAAGGGAGAUUCUUGUGAGGGAUGUUAACAGAUACCAUAGGUUCUUGGAUGGUAGUUGUACCUGUGGAGAUUAUUGGUAGCAGUUAACAGAUUAUAAGUUUUUAGAUGGUAGUUGUAAUUUGUACUUAUGGAGAUUUUUAUCAUUUAUGCGAAAGAAACCGCAGUAAUGCCUUCAAUGCAGUGAUAAGAAAGCAUCAAGUUUGAUGAUGCACUUGGAGAGGAGUCAGAAGUGACACUUUUGAAACUUGCCCCACGUAAUGGAGGUAUAAUAUAUUCCUCAAGUUGUUAAUUUGUAUAGACUCUUUUUUAUGUGUUACACUACUCAUGAGAGGGAUCUAUUC